UGUUUUCUUCAGACGAUUUAUGCGCCAAGCAAUUUCUUACUGAUCCAGAGAAUCUCCAUUCGUGUCUCCUUUCAAUCAUUCAUAUACUAUCAUCGUAGAAGAAGAUUGUACGUAGAUGAAUCAUUAGCCUGUGAAGAAGAAGAAGACUCACUUUGCCUUUCAUUAUGGAUAAACGGAGUUGGCUAUGGAGGAGGAGGAGAUCUUCCGAUAAGAGCUUCGCUGAAACGGAAAGCUCAGAGUCUCUCUCAUCUUUUUCCGAAAGAUUUUCUGAUGAACAGGCAUGUGUGAAUUCGCCGGAAUUGACAUCGAAGGAUACAUCUACAUCUACAUCUACUGCAGAGGAUGAACUUAGAGAGAUGGUGAGGAUUCUAGGGAAGAAGCUUUCAUUAGCACAUGAGAAUAUCAAAGCUAAGGAAGAAUUGGUGAAGCAACAUUCCAAAGUUGCCGAGGAAGCUGUUUUAGGAUGGGAAAAUGCGGAAACAAAUGUAGAGAAUCUAAAGCAAAAACUGGAAUCGGCAAAUCAUAACUCCUCAUUGCUUGAAGAAAGAGUGAUCCAGCUUGAUGAAGCACUCAAGGAGUGCUUAAGACAGUUAAGGCAGGCCAAAGAAGAACAAGAGCAGAAAAUAAACGAAGCAAUCACGAAGAAAGCGAUCGAACAAUACGAAGAGCUGGAGAUUCGCACGAUCGAGAGAGAUCUAAACGCUCAAGCUGCAGAAAUGGCUAGCAAGCAACAUCUAGAGACAGUAAAGAAGGUUUCUAAGCUCGAAGCAGAAUGCCUUAGAUUAAACGCUAUAAUUCGUAAAGGAAAUAUUGAUCAUAACUCGGUUACUUCCACAGACAGAGACAGUCAAUCCAACAGUGGAGAGAGGCUACUUGCAUUAGAAAACUUGACGAUUCCUAAUUCUGUUGAGAUUAAUCUCAUGGAUGAUUUUCUCGAAAUGGAACGAAUUGCUGAAUUGGCGGACAAGUUAGAGAAGGUAGUAAAGGAGAAAACAGAAUUAGAGAUGGUUUUUGCUGAAUGUCAAGAUCAACUUAAGACAUCAAAUGAUAAGUUGAUAAAAACAGAGGAGAAGCUUAGGGAGCUUGAAGUUGAGUUAUUGAUGGCAAUUGAAGCCAAAUGUAUAGCCGAGACAAAGCUUGUCGCCAUGGAAGAAGAACUUAAGAAGGAACGGGAAGAUAGAUAUCAGAAAUUACAAGAUAAUCUAAAACGAUCAUUGCAAAUAAAGCAGGUCAGAUAA